AGGUGCUUCUCCUGGUGCGUGACAAACCAACAGGCUUGUGUUUGGACAAUACGCGUUUUAUUUUUCUUUUCUGCGUGAGCGCAAAUAUCAUUUCCAGUGUCAUCUCUUCACUCUUACUGUCUCUGCUGAGUUAUUCCUUCAGGUGCAGAGGAUUUUUGCACUCGAGAUGAAGUUAAAGCCAUUUUGCACUAAAUAUUCAACGAGUGGACAACAAGCGGAGGAAUCUUAUUUUUUAAGCAUCAUGUAUGUGAUUUGAAGAGGAAACACCUGUUGCACCUGCGGACUCUUAACUGAUGCUAACCACUGGCCUUCCUGUCUGAACUUUAUACAGAUAUUAACAAUGAAAGCUGAGUAACACGAGUGUAAACAGUUUAGGAACGAAGGUGAUUCAGUCCAGCUUUUAUUUUUGGACUAAAGAUGGAGUUGACCGGGCAAAGGGCAAAGUGUGUGGCACUGCUUUUAUUAGCUGCAGUGUGUGUGCAGGGUGACUUUGUGGAGCCUCCGCAGCCCCACACCUCCCUGCGCUCCUUCGCAGAGAGCCAGACCAGACUGCCCUGUCACUACCAGGUGGGGGAGGGGCAGAAGGUGGUGCAGGUCACCUGGCACAAGGAGCUCCCAGAUGGCAGCAAGGACCAGAUUAUCACUGCCCAUUUCAUGGAUGGCCAUACAGAGUUUGGGCGUUACUCUGGUCGGGUGAGGUUCGAGAGUGGGAGCCCCACGGUGAACUCGGCUCUGCUCAUCCCCAGCACAGAGGAGUCGGAUGAGGGCAGCUACACCUGCCAUAUCUCCACCUUCCCCAACGGAAACUUUGAGAGGCGCAUCACACUCACCGUUUGGAUUUUACCCAUCUCCUCCCUGGAGCCUGUGAUCCUGGUGGAAGGCCAGUCGUUCGGUGUGGCCGCCUCCUGUCGAGCCGUGGGCCGCCCGCCUCCCCGUCUCUCCUGGGACACCGACCUGCCAGGCCAGUCCCAGAACCGCACCAACGAGGGCGGGUCUGUGUCCAGCUACUACUCCCUCCACCCCCUGCGCAGCAUGAACGGGAAGAAGCUGGACUGUCUGGUGUGGCAUCCCGGCCUGCAGCAGCCGCGCAGGCUCUCAAACUCUUUGGUGGUGCAGUACCCCCCAGAUGCCACCAUCUCUGCUGGUACAGGGGACUGGUUUGUGGGUCUGGAGAAAGCUGAGCUGGUCUGCAACAGCGGAGGACACCCCAAACCUCAGAAUGUCACCUGGACACGGAAAGGAGGGGCUUUGCCUGAUGGGACGUCUGUGGUUGGAGGAAAACUAAUUUUUGGGCGGGCCCUUCGCCUGAAUGACAGUGGGGUCUACGAGUGUGUGGUCAAGAACAACGUGGGAGUAGGAAAAACAGACUACACGUUGACAGUAACAGAGACAUCUCAACGCAAGGGCGAGUCCAACAUGGACAACCUGAUGCUGAUCAUUAUUGGUGCUGCAGCUGGGACUUUGGUCCUGAUCCUGGUCAUGGUCGUCCUGCUGGUCAACCGCCACCAUCGUCGGAAAAACAAAAAACUUGAGAUGGAGCUCAGUGAAAAAACGGAAGAAAUUCAAAGUUUCUCCAGACAAGCCUCCUUCAGGAGACUAAACUCUGUCAGCACAGACCCCAGAGUGCAGCCUGAAGAUUAUGCUCUGCUCAGAGUAGACAGCCGAAUGAAAAACAGUGAAAUCUCUCUGGAACGGCCCAGCUACAAAGGCAGUCAGUCUACGCUAGGCGGGAAAUGGGGGCCACCAGGAGGGGUGGAGGUGGACGAACUGGGACGUCCUGUUGUCUGGCACGACAGCAGAGAGAGCCGCAGAGGAGCGGAGAUGGAUGGAGAGAAGGAGGAGCGCAGGAGGAGGGUGGAGUCAUACCUGAAGAGUAGCAACAUGUCACUGGACUCAGGUUUGCCCUCUUCCCUGGUUCCCCUGAAGGCCCAGCAGGACGAAGGCGUUGGGCCCAGAGAUCCAGAACUAGGCCACCUUAGAGAGGGAGACUCCCCACGUGGAGAGUCGGGAGCAGAGGGACACGAGGACGACGAGGACAGCAGCUCCUACCAGAUCUCGGAGGCACUCACCAAUCACUUCUACUACAGUAAUGGGAUCCUCAGGCCCAGGCCGCACUCCAAUGCCAUUCUGCUGCACCCCAGAGGACAGGUCAUCUAGACCACAGACUUUUAUUCAAAACAUGACAGGAGAUAAAGCCUGCCUGCGUUGAAAAUGAUAUUCUUUUUUUAAUAGGAUGUUUGUUUAGUGCACAGUGACUGCAGUGGGUAAUUAGCCCAAGAACAAUCAAAACUUUUAUUUUUUACCUCUAGCUUAUGAGUUUUUUGCCUUUAUCCCAACCCUUUGACAAUUGGGAAGUCUUUAAAUAUUUUUUUGGCAUUCUAUGCCUUUAAUAGACAGCCAACAGUCAAGAAACAACAGGAAGUGAGGGGAGAGAGAUGAUGAAUGACAUGCAGUGAACGUCCCCAGCGGGCCACAGACAUUGUGGUUCACAGCCAUCAGGGUGCCCUAUCAUUAGGAGGUUUCUGAUUCUUAAUAUUUCAGUCAUUCCUUGAAUGUGCAAGGAAUAAAGGUUCCUGUUACACAAUGUUUACUGUAUUAUCUGCAGCCCUGAAAUUCUGCAUCCACUGCUUUAGCCUGAUGAAUCCUGACUGUUAACUUAGGGCGCCUUGUUUACAUCAAAAACAUUCAGGGAGGAACAUAUGGAUAAAGACACAAUUUUCUAAGCUCCAAAUGCCUGGUGAAGUUUAAGGUUAAACUGUACAUAAAUCUUUGAUACUUUCUGCUUGGAUGCACCUGUGGAAAAGAUGUUAGUGUAUUUGUUAAUGUAUGUAUGUAUGUAUUAUAAUAUAUAUAAGGAAGAGCGAUAAGGAGAUUGUGUGUGUUUAUCAUUGUGCCAGUAACAGGCACCUGCAGCUACAAAAAGGUAAAAAACGCAGAGGACCUGAGCACAGACAAAGUUAACUGGUGGAUGUUCAUUAACACAUGCAGCAAACUUGUAUCUAUGACCAGAGCAUAGCAAUGAACAGAUGGGAUGAAACUUGUAGAGGAUGAACUGUAAAGCAACAUCUUGUAUUGAUGAAAAAUCAAAAAGUUGUGUAAAUUGUUUUAUAUUGAGUGUUUUUCUAGGAAAGUGAAAAACUGACAUGUACAUAUUCAAACGUUUAUUCAUAAAAGUACAGCAUAUGA